ACUUAUUUCUACUUUCUCGUACAUUUUGUGAAUUCAGCUGAUGGCAGCAAUGCUUUUUACGCGUGCACUCCGUCUUUGCAUGUUACGCCGGCUCACUCAUCGAUAACUUUCGUUAAAAAAUGUUUGGGUGCUGUCGGUAGCGCGGUAAACCACUACAUCCCCGUUAAAUGUUGUUGCCCGCCAAUUUUUCUGUUUUUAUGUUUAGGUCCACGAUUUCUGUCAAGCGGUAGUUGUUCGAGCUCAAAAUCAUAUUUUAACGAUCCGUACAACUUUACUUCGACUUUCGUGUCAUGGCAUGCUUCAUGA